AUGAAUGCUAUGAAUGCUUUUAUUUUAUGGCUCACAGUUCCUCCUUUACAUUAUGACAACAACCCUUUCCCACUUAAAGCAGCAUUAUGCUCUUUAAGAAUCAUAAAGAAAGUCCCAGACUUGGCAGAAAAUUUUGUCAAUCCUGCUACUGCCUUACUAAGGGAGAAGCAUCAUGGAGUUUUGAUCACCGGGGUUCAGCUUUGUACAGAGCUGUGUAAAGUUAGCUCAGAAGCUCUUGAACAUAUUCGAAAGAAAUGCACAGAAGGUUUGGUGAGAACUCUAAACGAUCUAGCAAACAGUCCUUAUUCACCAGAGUAUGAUAUUGCUGGCAUUACAGACCCCUUUCUCCAUAUCAAAUUGCUUAGAUUGUUGCGGGCAUUGGGUGAAGGUGAUGCAGAUGCUAGCGACUCUAUGAACGACAUACUUGCCCAGGUGGCUACAAAGACAGAGUCAAACAAAGUUGCCGGGAAUGCCAUUUUGUAUGAGUGUGUUCAAACAAUAAUGAGCAUUGAAGAUAAUGGUGGAUUGCGUGUGCUUGCAAUCAAUAUCCUAGGAAGAUUUUUGUCAAAUCGGGAUAACAAUAUCAGAUAUGUGGCAUUGAACAUGCUGAUGAGGGCUGUGAGUGCUGACGCUCAAGCGGUACGGAGACAUCGUGCAACAAUUCUGGAAUGUGUAAAAGAUGCCGAUGCUUCAAUUCAGAAAAGAGCCCUUGAACUUGUUUAUGUUCUGGUGAAUGAAACCAAUGUAAAGGCCUUAACAAAAGAGCUAGUAGAUCAUCUUGAAGUUAGUGAUCAAGAUUUCAGGGAGGACCUUACUACCAAAAUCUGCUCAAUAGUUUCAAAGUGA